AUGAAAAAAUUCCUGGAAAUGCAAGGGGAGGUUGUUUUUGAUACGGGAACGACUAUUACUGUGGAUACAACGACAUCUUCCGGCACUGAAGUGGAAACCACUGGAAUUCCGACGACGACCGAAACGGCAACGACUACCACAACUGAAGGGACGACCAUCCGAUGGCAUUUAUAUAGCCAUAGACCGGAUCGACAACUUGGCGAAGCGAUUCUUGGACCAAGGCUGAGCGAAAAUCCGGAUGGAGAGGGUUCAGAUGAUUUUUCGACUAAUGAUGAUGCUACCGAAAUUAACGGUAACAAUUCAGCCGAAACACCAACUCUUGAAGAAUCCUCAAUCGAGCUAUACGAACCUACAAUUGAUUUAAUUACGAAAGGCCCCUUCCAAGCGGAACAGGGUGAUACAUGGAUACAACGAGUUUUGGCAUCGCUUCAAAGCGUACCCGACGAUCUUCAUCCGACCGUGGUUGGCUACAUG